AUGCGCCCCAUCCAAGGUGUCCGGCCUCUGUCCUGGACUCGAGUUGUUCCUCGCGUCCACCGGCAAACGCGAUGGGUUCAGAUUCGCGCCGCGCCCUCGGGAGUGUCUUCGGUUAAUGGCGACAAUCUGCCACUCGCUAGCACGCCCAGCUCUGUUGAAUCACGAGAUGCGCGUUUCGAUGUUGUCGGCGCUCCAUACUCGCUUCUUUCCGUUUCGCUCUCGGCCUCGCAGAACCUAUAUACACGACGCGGAACGCUGGUUGGAUUGAGCGGGAAGGCGGAUAAUGUGGUUUCCACAUUGAGCGUUCUAGAACCCUUCCGGAGGGCUAUCGUCGGAGUGCCGUUCCUUUAUCAAAAGGUCUCCUCACCAACCCCUGUCACAGCUCUCGUUUCCGUUCGAUCGCCCAAUACCUCCUUCGCCGUUGUUAACGUCAAUGGCUCCGUGGACUGGAUGGUCGCCCAAAGACGGGCUUUGCUUGCAUGGACGGGCCGGUCUCUGAACAUCAAGCCGACUAUCAACGCAAACUUGAGCUUGUCUCAUUGGGGUAGCUCCGAAGUGACUGGCAGAGGUUUAAUAGCGUUGGUUGGAAACGGACAGCUAUACUCGGUUGAAUUGAAGGAUGGCGAGCAAUACAUUGCUCAUCCCAGCAAUGUUGUCGCUUACACCAUGGCUUCUAACCCUCCUCGCCCCUACCGUUUCAAAUCCACCACUCUCAACUUCCAGGUCCCGGGUCUGAAGACGCUACCCAGACUGCUACAAAAUGCCAAGUUCAUUCGUGACGUGUCUGAUUCCAAGGCAUACAAAACCACUAUGCAGUGGUUCCACAAGCUGCGCACCUGGUCUCGAAUGACCAUCUGGGGAGAUAGACUCUUCCUGCAAUUUGAUGGUCCCACGACCAUCCUCGUGCAAUCUCGCGGACCUCGUAUCAACGAUGUUUUGUCCCCACAGGAAGCUAAUGAGAUCGCCAAUGUCACUAGUGGCUUUACCUCGCCCGCUCCUCGGUCUACCGAAGAUGCAAAGACAUUAGACGAGAAGCCAGAAGAGGAAAAGACAGAAGCCGAAAAGGCUGUCAGCAAUAUCGCUGACCUGACGCGCUCUGUCGCGGAACUAGAGCAGGAAAUCCAAGGAACGAGCCGGAGCGUUGCGAAGGUUCGCAAAGAUGGAAAGGUCGAAAUCGAGGAAGUUGCUCGCACAAACUAA